GUUGCAUAAUUUCCUCAUUUUUAUAAUAGGCGGAGAUGAUCAUGGUCUGGCAGAAAGUAAAGUGAGGCCCUAGGCUGUUCCGGAAGAGAGAAAGAUUCGCCCAGUUUGAAUAUCUCUCGUCUCUCUGCCUGCCAAGCUCUCUUUCACUUUGUUAGUAGUUUUACUUCAUCAGUGCUCUUGUAAGGCCUUCGACCAUGACGGAGAUGGACGAUUCAGACAGGAGGUUUCAUGCCCUUAUGGACAGGAUAUUUAACACUCCCAAGAAGGUUCAGAAAGAUUCCCCUUCCAGGUCUUCGGAUUUACUAGCACCGACGGUUGAAAACCCUGCAAAUCCGUCAUCUUCAUCGGCAUUAGUGGAAUCAAAUGCAGGCGGCAAUGUAAGGGCAGCGCCGUCGUAUCAGGGUCCAGAGUGUAGGCCAUGGGACCGUGGUGAUCUUACGAGGAGAUUAACCACAUUCAAAUCCAUGACUUGGUUCGCUAAACCCGAGGUAGUUAGUGCUUUAAAUUGUGCCAGAAGAGGUUGGAUCAAUGUUGAUAUGGAUACCAUAGCUUGUGAAACAUGUGGGGCUCGUUUCCUUCUCUCUACACCUUCAGCUUGGAAUCAGCAGCAAGUUGAGAAGACAGCUGCAGUAUUUAGCUUAAAACUGGACAAAGGGCACAAAUUACAUUGUCCUUGGAUUGAUAAUGUCUGUGCUGAGAAGUUGGUUCAAUUUCCACCAACAACACCUCCGAUUUUAGUUGAUAAAUUCAAAGAACGUUGCUGUGCUCUCUUGCAACUCUCUGCUCUUCCCAUGAUUUCAUCUUCAGCUUUUGAGUACAUGAGAAGUCCUCAACUUGAGCAAAUUAUUGAAAAAUAUUUAGUGCUGGAGUAUGAGAAUGGGUGUGCAGACAUUUCAAGAGUAGAAUACCUCAGAGAUGAACAUGAUGUGGAUUCUGUGAAGAAAUAUUAUCAGGCACAGAAGCUUAUAAGUUUAUGUGGCUGGGAACCACGCCUACUGCCUUACACAGUUGACACUGGGCAUAGAUCAAGUCAAUCUCUUUCGGAGGAAAAUACUCCACAGUCACCUAAUUCAGCUGCUAAUGAUCUGAAUACUGAAAUCAAUGUGCUAUCUACUAGAAUUAAUGAGCCUAUAGAGGCAAAUGAGAAUUCCAACAGUCCUUAUAUGCCACGUUCUGAUCCAAAUUCUGUCGUUCUAGAUUGCAGGCUCUGUGGAGCUAGUGUAGGAUUAUGGGCUUUUUCUACCGUACCAAGGCCUAUGCCUAUGGAACUGAUCCAGCUAGUAGGAUAUGGAGAAAUAAACAGUGGAAACCAUUCUGAAACCAAUGAUUCUCGCACCAAAACUAAUUCCAUAAACAGGGGAGAGAUUAUACUUGCUGAUUCAGAUAGUGCAACAUUGACUAAAGAGAGACAUCAAAGUUUAAAUCUGACUAUUGCAGGGGGUCCUCCACCAACAAAACAGAACUUUAAAGCGACAGUUUCUUUGCCUGUUAUUGGUCGGAAUCUAAGGGCUCGAUUUUUUCAUGAUUCCAAAUUUGGGGAUUGUGUAGUUUCUGAUCAAGUAAAAGAUCAUGUCAGUGAAAACGGUGAUGACCAAAAUGCAUCAGGUACCACAGGUAACGGUAGGGAUGGUGAAGGCGACUUGUGUAUUCCUGUAAACAACGAUCUUGUUUCUCAUGAUACUGGGAGCGAUCUAAUAAAACAAGUGUCAUCAGAUAAUAAAAUGGAGUUUGAUCCCAUCAGGCAGCACAGACAUUUUUGCCCCUGGAUUGCAUCAACAGGCAAGGGGACACCUGGAUGGCAACAGACAAUAUCUGCUUUACAGCGUCAGCAAGGGAGUUCACCACCUACAUCUGAGAGAUCUCCAUCGUCAUCUAUUUUUAAGGUAGACGAUCCCCUUGCGUCUAUUAGAAAUCUUUUUAUGUCUCCAUCUGCCAAGAAAAGGAAUUCACUGGGUUCAAAAAUUUAUCUCUAUUUGCUGUCAAACUACUGCUUGAACAUGGUGAAACUUCCACUGGAAAUGGCACACAUUACCUGCUAGACUUCUAAAUGCAAGAGCUUGGUAUCGAGAGGUUGUUUAAAGCAAGAUAAGUGGAUUAUUGUACUAGUGUUGCUCUUCGAACAAAACUGAAAUAAACAAAAAAAGAUGCAAAUAGCAUUGUGUACUACUCCAGCAAGCCACAAUUUUUCACCACCACCUUCGAGUACGGACGAUUGAAACCUCUUUCUGCAACAACGGCUCUCUUGUCACCUAUUAGCUUGGCCACCCUUCACAAACGGACAAACUUUUUGUCAGUGUAUUUAUUCAGAGGCUAAAAAGUUAGUACCCGAAGGAGUGUGAAAAUUUGUGUUCUCAUGGUUUGUAAGAAAAUGAUCUCUGACUGUAUAAUACCUAUUUUUUCCUCCAUAUUAAUAUCACACAAUUUUGACUGCUUUAGUUAA